UAGGUGAGGAUCGAGGUGUAGCGGCAUGGAAUACGAGCCUUGAAACAUGUCCGGUCUUGCGGAGAUUAGAGCAAGAAUGGCAUUUUAUACAAUCAGAUGAUAAUCCUUGCAGGUCACAGAUAACGGUGGAUUUGUCGAAUGUUGUCCAUCAAAUAUGGUGCCGGGCAAUUCCAAAUCCUCUUUUUGGAUGUUGAUUUGAUACCCUUUCAUUGCCAGAAGUAUCUCCAAUAGCCUAACAACUCAACCUCAAAGACGUGUGACUUGUUAACAUUAUAAUAGACUGGACCAGACUCAUCGCCCCGCACGAUGACAGUUCAACAUAUAUGAGGCGAGGCAUCCAAUGUCUGCCCAGACGAGCUUCUCCAGGUCCUUCUAUCUGCCGCCGGAUCAAAGCCAGAUAAGCUUGUUAUUGGUCGGCAGACAUUCGAGAAACAGAAUGCCAGAGACGUCUGAAGUUUAUGCUUUAGACAUACUACCAUGACGGGAUGAAAGCUUGGCACAAAGAAUGGCUGGUGGAAUCGGAAUUUCAAGCGCGCUGGGCUCACCUAUCACAAGCGACCUCGCUCUGUUUGAUCUUCUCACUCGCUAGACCACCUGUGUCGCUUUUUGCACAGUGAGAAGCCUCGGAGCACUAGAGGCCUCACAAGAAAUGACGAACCAAGGCGUGUAGCACUCAGAUUUCGUGGCCACACGAUCUGGCGACUGCCAUUGAAGGCACCCCAUCUCACUUAAAUAGAUCGAAAGAGGACCCGACGGAGAGCAGGAGGAUAAGACAUGGCAAACUUUUCGAUCCGGGAGCAGCUGCCGAUCGAGGGUCCAUCGGCGUUUUGUGGCCAGCCUCCCAAUACUCAGGCCGACUUGCACAUCAUCAGGGGAUAUUUCCGCAUUUUUGAUGUCCCCGAAACCGUCAGCCCCUCCAUGGUGUGGCAGAGCGCGCCCCCUAGAUAUGUCCACGACGACAAGCAGGCAGGCAUCAUCGUCGCCAUGACUAUUUCCAUGGUGGCUAUCCUCGGCAUAACUGUGGCGAGAAUACUCGCCAGGAUCUUUGGAAAGAAUACCGUUUUCGGCCUAGAUGACUAUGCCGUAAUACCUGCCGCAGCGCUCGCCCUAGUCUAUCCAACGCUACAAAUCCUCGCCGUCAUCAAGGGCGGCGGCGGGCGGCACUCAUGGGAGAACACAUACGAGAACCUCCAGAACUUCUACUACUACCUGGACACGUGCACCAAACUGUACUACGCCGACGUGGCCCUCGCCAAGAUCUCGAUUGCGCUCUUUGUGCGCCGGCUCGCCAACCGCGCCGCGCUGGGGUGGUGUGUGGCUACAGACGUCUUCCUCGGCACCGUCGUUGUCCACCUGGUCGCGAGCGUCCUGGUCAACUGCCUCCGGUGCGACCCGGCGCGCGCCGCCUGGGACAUGGAGUUCGGCGGCAGCCUCGAGACGGCCGCCCGCUGCCACUCGUUCUACACUGUCUUCAGGAGCCUGCACACCGUCCACGUCGCCCAGAGCAUGAUGCUGCUCAUGGCGCCAGUCGUCAUCCUGUGGAAGGUGCAGAUGAACACGGCUAAGAAAUGCCGCCUGUUCGUCAUCUGGGUGGCCGGCGCCCUGUCCGUCCUUGGAGGGCUGCUACAGAUGCUCCUCAAACCAACCAUGAACGAAGACGUCUUCAUGGCGUACACUGUAACCCUGCAGUGGACCAUGCUCGACCUGUCCAUGGGCGUGGUCGCCGCCUCGCUACCGGUGCUCGACAGCGUUCUCAUCGGCGGCUGGCGCCGGGCCGCAUUUAGGAUCGCGAGGCUGCGCGGCAAAUACUCUAGCCCCAACCUCCGGACCGGGGACCCGGGCAACAGUAGCAGCACCUCGGGCGCGCACAGCCAGAGUAGAGCGAUUAUCGGCGGCGGCGGCGGCGACCGUGGUGGCGAUAGCAGCUCGGCGCUGGCCCUGUCUCGGCCCGGGUUGAGCAGUGGUAGGGAUCAUCAAUCUGGGAUCAUCGAGGCUACACUGCCCCUGACUGAUGAUUCUGGGCUCAGGACCGAAAAGGAGUACGUCUCAUACGAAAUGCCAAAUUUUUCACCCAGGGGAACAGUCGAUACCGGGGCACAACUGGGAGAAAGCUCGAGACAAACAAAGACAGAGGUAUAAUCGCAAAAUAGGCGUGACCUUGACGGUGUGCUCAACAGAAUCGAGACCAACCCUAAUCGUAUGUGAAGCUGCUUGGUCCAGUUCAUAGUAUGCAUGCAUAUUCGUGAAUGGCGGUGCUUGAAACUGGCUCAAUAACUCGAGGAGACAUAUCUAAAUCGGUCUGGGUCAGGUUGGACUGCAUACAAUUUCGAGAAACAUCAUUGACAUGUCUACAGAUUGCACUACCUUUGUUGUUAUUGAGCGGCGUCUUGCAGAGUCAGUAUCGUUAUUAACAUUAUGCUGUAUGUAAAAACUACCCACAGUCGGCUAUGCAAGUUACAUGUGUCUUGAUAUAGCACAAGUCUCCGAGUGAUUCCACAUGAGCACAAACGCAAAAGAUUUACACUUGAGAUUAGGAAGAAUGAUGCAAGCCAGAAGAAGAUUGCUCUCAGACGUGCGCCGAAAGGAGAAACGGU